GGCGCAAGGAAAAUGGCCGCGUCAUCUCUCCGCGGCGGCGGCGGCGCCGCCGCCGGCGCCGUAGUCCGUGGCCGCGGACACGUCAGCCUGUCCCUCCUGGCGGACCGCUGCUCCACCCUCCGCGGCCUGACCGUCGUCCACGCGGCCAUGCUCGUCUCCGGCCGCAUCGCCGACGACGCCUUCGCGGCUUCCCGCCUCCUGGACGCCUACGCCUCGCUCUCCCCUCCGGCCGCCGUGCUCCGCCUCCUCUCCUCCCUCCCUUACGCCCCCAACUCAUUCAUGCUCAACACCUCCCUCCGCGCCCUCGCCUCCUCCCCCGACCCCGCCUCCGCCCUCGCCUUCUUCUCCCACCUCCGCCACUCCGCCGGCUCCUCCUACUCCCCCGGCAGGCACACCUUCCCCUUCCUCCUCAAGGCCUCCGCUCGCCUCCCUCUUCCCGUCUCCACGCAGAUCCACGCGCUCGCCGUCAAGCACGGGCUCGACCGUGAUACCUACGUUGCCAACGGCCUUGUCCGCGCCUACUCGGCGGCUGGACUCAUUGGUGUCGCGCGGAAGGUGUUCGACGAAUUGCCUGUUCGAAGCGUGGUGGUGUAUACCACCAUGGUAUCGGGCUAUGCGCAGAACGGGAGGUACCAGGACGCCGUGGGAGCCUUUGAUGAGAUGCUCAACGAGGGGUUCGAGCCCGGCGCCGUGGUGCUGGCAUCCGCGCUAUCGGCCUGCGCACGGUCGGGCGGGCUCGUGAUGGGGCGGCGUGUUCAUGAUAUCAUGGAGAGGAGGGGGAUGGCUGCGCCUGUGGGGGUGAUCCUUGGCACGGCAUUAGUCGACAUGUAUGCAAAGAAUGGGGCGAUCAAGGAGGCGGUAACGGUGUUUAAGGGGAUGCCUGAGCGGCAUACAGCAACAUGGAAUGCCCUGAUCUCAGCGUUGGCACACCAUGGGCAUGGCAAGGACGCACUGGCGAUGUUCCAGCAGAUGCGCCGUGAGGGCGUGCCGCCAAAUGCAAUCACACUUGUCGGGGUUCUGUCAGCGUACUGUCACACAGGGCUGCUCGAUGAGGCCCGCAGAGUUUUCGCAUCUAUGGAGGACUUUGGGGUGACUCCGAGCAUCCAACACUAUGGGUGCAUGGUCGAUCUCCUCGGCCGGAGUGGACUCCUAUCGGAGGCUGAAGAGAUGAUACGUGGGAUGACAUGCAAGGCAGACACUAUGAUCUGGGGGGCUCUGCUUACAGCCUGCAAGAACCAUGGCGACAUUGAUGUCGCGGAACGGGCUGUGCAAGAGAUGCUGAAACUGGACCCCAACAACCAUGGCGUGUAUGUGGUGCUGUCCAACAUAUAUGCAGAUGCUGACAGGUGGCAGGACGUGGAUAGGCUGAGGAAUGUGAUGAAGGGUGCACGGUUGUCAAAGAUCCCUGGGUCGAGUGCCGUUGGUGGCUGUGGCAACGGCUGACCAUGGCAGUGACGGAAGACGUGUGGGCUUCAUUGCAGCUCAGUGCUCAUCAGGAAGUUGCUUGCUGUUCAUGAACAGAUUGACUGCCAGUAUUUUAUCAACAUCGUGAACUCAACCAACUUUUGCAUCAGGGGGCUAGCAAUACUAAUUCUUUUUGGUGAGAUACAGAUGAGUUGCUCACCGUUGGGACCAAAUUCAGCAUUACAGCAGCAAGCCAUCGCCUCAUGCCACGAAAAAUGGAACAGUGCAUCAGAGAAGCCCCAUAGAACUGCUUUUAUUGCAAAUAAGACCAUCGUGAGUCACUAGAUACACAAUGAUGGAUAGUUUCUAGCACAUCUUUUAAUUUAAUUAAUUCCUUCCUUCCUACAAUAUGGCAAUGUUCAGAUCUUACCAUGUCUCCAUAAAGAACAAGACAUGAUGCAGGUUUAUGUUUCCGUGUAUUGGAACAAUGAAGAGAACUAUGAAGCUGUAGAUGUAUUUUUUUAGUUUCUUUUGCAGAUUAUUGGUUGAUGCAAUAUUUAGUUUGUAUUCUGAUUGAUUGUCUCCAAAUGAUGAUAAUAUAUUAUGGGCCAUAUGUGAAGAACAUCUUUUG